AUGUUCAGCUACGCCAAAUCACUGCUGCAAUCGGUUUUCACUCGUAAACGGCCACUCGAGUCUGAUACAGAAGACCAAGACGUUAAGCGGGUCAAGAUUGAUUCGCGAGACAACGAGGAUGGCUUUCAUCGGAUCCGCAUCACCAACUUCCCCAAAAAAGACUGGAAGACGGUGCGAAAGCAGUUGAUCGAGAGAGGGUUAAAGUCCAUGAGCAAAGCACCCAAAUGGGAUUAUGCUAUUAUCACUGCUUCGUCAGAAGAGGAGGCCAAGGAGAUGUUAAGCAAGCUUGAAGGAUAUGAAUUCAAGGGAAAGAAGCUUGAGGCAGAAUACACUCACGAGAGCAAGGCCAAAUACGAGCAACGUAUGCAGAAGCUUGACAAGAAGAAGCGGCCCAACAACAAAAAGGAUCAGAACCCUGAGGAUGACACACGCACGCCUGCUGAAAAACUUGCUGAUCAAGUUACCCCGUUGCAUAAGCUCUCUUAUGAGGAACAACUCGUCAAGAAGGAUCGCAACAAUCGCAAGGUGCUUGACAAGCUCAAAUGGAAGCUUAUGAAUAUGAAGGAUGUUCCUGAAGAUAAACGAGAACAGCUUGCAUGGAUCAAGGCUAGAAAGGGACCCAUUUGUGAUAUUGAAAAGCCUAUUGGUUCCCCUAAUGUGAAUGGAUACCGCACCAAGUGUGAAUUUACCAUUGGACACGAUUUGGAUGGCAAGCCUACGGUUGGAUUUUUACUUGGUCUUUACAAGCUUGGCAUCACCGCAGUCUUGGAUCCUUCCGAUUGUUUAAAUGUGCCUGAUAUCGCAAAACGCAUUGCACGUGCCAUGCAAGAUUAUGUACGUGAAUCAGAAUACCCAGUGUACAGUAGAUCCGAAAAGGUUGGUGUAUGGAGGACACUUUUGACCAAGACUCAAAGCACUGGUGAAGUCAUGAUUUUGGUGCAGAUGAAUACCGAUACUCUCUCCGAAGACCAAGUCGCUAAGGAAAAGCAAAAGCUUAUCGAGUACUGGAAUGAUUUCAAGAAUCAACAAGGUGGAGCCGAGGUAACAACGCUCUUAUUCCAGGCUUGGAAUGGUGCAUCCAAUGGUAUUACCGAUCGUACUCCUGUGGAGGUGCUUACGGGUGAUGGUAUUGUUCACGAGGAGCUCUUGGGUUGCAAGUUCCGUAUCUCCAGCAGCUCUUUCUUCCAAGUCAAUACGGCAGCUACCGAGAUUUUGUACUCAAAGUGUGCUGAAUGGUGCAAUGUGGGACAUGGCAAAAAGACGACAUUGUUGGAUUUAUGUUGUGGUACUGGCACCAUUGGUAUCACCAUGGCUAAAUCGGUUGAUCGCGUGAUUGGUAUCGAGAUGGUGCCUGAAGCUAUUGUGGAUGCAGGAAAGAAUUGUGCUUUGAAUGACAUCAAGAACAUUGAAUAUUAUACUGGCAAAGUGGAGGAUAAGGUGAAUGUCAUUUCAACUGCAAGCAAUGAAGAGGUGGUGGCAGUAUUGGAUCCACCAAGAAGCGGUGUCCAUCCAUCCGUUAUUCAAGCGAUUCGUGGAUCUCCACUCAUCAAGCGUGUUGUGUAUAUUAGCUGUGAUUCUCGUCAAGCACUGGAUGAUUUUAUUGGUUUAUGCAAGGCGACAUCCAAAAAGUAUCCCGGUUCUCCGUUCCGACCCACCCGAGCUGUUUCAAUCGAUUUGUUUCCCCACACAGAGCAUUGUGAACUAGUCAUUGAAUUCAUGCGUGAUGAUGUUCUCGAGGAACAUUUGAAAGAGAAUAGCAUUGAGAAGCCUACCGAGGAAGUUGAGUCAAAUGAUGUCAGCGAGUCUAUUGUAGAAGAUGUUCAUGCAAACGAGGAGACUACAAACAAUCAAAACGAAGCCAUCCCAUCAUCGUCAUCACCAGUCACCAAUGAAGAAAAAGAAACUUGA